CCCUUCCUUCGCCGCCUCGGCUUCGUCUCGGCCGCCUGCUUUUUCCGCGAGCUGGGGUUUCAGCGGCGCGAAGGGGGAAGAGGGGGAGAGAGACGAGGACGGGAAGGGGAAGAUGAGCCGGAGCCUGGGAAUCCCCGUGAAGCUGCUCCACGAGGCGGCGGGCCACGUGGUGACGGUGGAGCUCAAGACCGGCGAGGUGUACCGGGGGUCCAUGGUCGAGUGCGAGGACAACUGGAACUGCCAACUCGAGAACAUCACCUUCACCGCCAAGGAUGGGAAGGUGUCGCAGCUGGAGCACGUCUUCAUUAGAGGAAGCAGAGUGAGAUUUAUGAUUAUACCGGAUAUGCUCAAGAACGCUCCUAUGUUCAAGCGUUUGGAAGCGAGGAUUAGGGGCAAAGGAUCAGCUGUUGGAGUUGGCCGUGGUCGUGCGGUCGCGAUGCGUGCUCGGGCUGCUGCUGGGCGUGGUGGUGGUCCCGUGGGGCGAGGUGGCGCACCUCCGGUGAGGAGGUAGAUUUCUUCAUGAGGAGGUUGCUGUCUUCAGUAUCAGAACCAACGUUGUCUCAGUAAUUAAAACUGGUGCCUCCUGUAUGAUCUAUCUGCUCAAGGGACAGAUGCGGCUUGUUGUUAGUGCCGAUGUGAUGUGUUAACGGUGGGCAGAGAUAGAAGCUUGAAUACAAUCUGUUCGUCGGUCUGUACGUUUAUAUCCCGUAAGAAAUUAGCUUUCGUUGAAGUCCGGCAGUAUUCGUGGCAGCUGUUUUGAUUUGUCAGAAUGACAUGUUUUAUCUGGGUAUUUUGUUUGAUUCAUAUUCUUCAUUGGCCCCUUGGGCAUCAUCGUUGGCA